AUGCGUGCGAUGCGGUGGGGUCUGUGGCGGAUCGCGCGACGGCUUCCCCCUCCCUCCUCGGCCCGUCCUUUCACGACGUCGGAUCUCUCGCAGCUGCUCACCUCCCCGGCGGGGCUCCUCACGCUGCUUUGGGGUCGUACAGGAUCUCGACAGGAUCCCUUUCACGUGGAAAAAUCACCCCCUAAUCCCCAUGAACCCCCCCCGGACUCUCAAAAAACGGAAAAGUCGAACCCCAAUUCCGAUGAACCCCCUCCGCGUCCGCCGCGGGAAGGGGUUUUCGCGCGUUUCUUCCAUGGCGACGCGGCCGGGCUCGUCGUGCUGGUCGUGCUCGCGUCCACGACGUGGGAGCUCCUCCGGGCGCACCACCGCGCCCUGACGGGGUGGCUUUGGGGGGUGUUUUCCACGACGUUGGAGAUCCGCUCGUCGCAGGAGGAGUUCGCGCAGGUGGUGGAUUGGAUGGGGCGUCAACCGGAAGGCCAAACCGCGCGGAACCUCACCCUGCGCCCGGUGUCGAUUUUGGAUGAACGGGAGGGAGCCGGCUCGGAGGCUCGGAUGAGCCUCGUGCCCGGGUAUGGCGGGCAUCGCUUUCGCUUCCACGGCGUCCCGCUGUGGAUUACGCGGCGCCCGGACCCGGCAAAGGCCCACCGCGCCGGCGAUCACCGGGUCGAUCGCGAGGACGACCUCCUCGUGAUCACCGCCUUCACGCGGCGGCGCGAGGUCGUGGAGGGCUUCCUCGCGGAGGUGCGAAACUCCUGGCGGGUGCAUGUUCAACGAGGGGUCCGGAUCUACGGCGUGAGUGGGUAUGAAGGGUGGAUCCCCCUCGCCACGCGCGCGCGGCGGCCGUUGGAGACGCUUUUUUUACCCCCCGCCGCGCACGCCGUCGUCGAGGAGGUCCGCGCGUUCUUCGGACUUCGCGGGUUCUACGCGAAGCUGGGGAUUCCUUGGCGGCGUGGCUACCUCUUUGAAGGGGCCCCGGGAACGGGAAAGACCAGCCUCGUGCUCGCGCUCGCGGGGGAGUUGGGGAUGCCGGUCUUCGUGCUCUCCCUCCGCGCCCCGGGGCUUUCCGAUGACGUGUUGCUGCAUCACAUCGGCCGCCUCCCCGCGCGGUGUGUGUUGUUGGUCGAGGAUUUCGAAAACGCGAUCGCGACGGAGGCCCGCGCGGGGUUCCGGGAGGGGAAACCCCCCCCCGUAGGAGGACCCCCCUUUUUUCCGACCCCUUCCGAAGCCCACGCGGAAGGUGAAGGCGAGGGAUUUUCCACGGAGAUCGCCCGCGCCGGGGAGGCGAGUGUGUCGUUGAGUGGGUUUUUAAACGCGAUUGACGGGGUCGCGAGUGGGGAGGGGCGGAUUCUCGUGAUGACGACGAACAACGCGGCGAGGAUUCCCGCCCGGGCGGCGUUGCUUCGCCCCGGUCGGGUUGAUCGUCGGGUCGUUUUCCCGAAGCUGCCGCCGUCGGAGAUGGCGAGGAUGCGCGGGGCCUUCGCGGACGCCCUUCAACGACCCCACCCCCUCUUCAUGGAUCCAAAAGAGCCAGGCGAGGAAGGGGGGAGGACAACGAAAAUGGAAAUCGACCUAGACCACGCGGACGACGCCGCCGCGCCCCUUCCUGCCACCCCAGCGGAGUUUCAACAGCAGCUUCUCAAUCGCGUUUAUGAUUCCUUGCUUCGACGGCAAAAACGCGAGGAAGAAGACGAGGUGGGUGGGGGUGAGCCGCCUCAACGGGAUUUGUGA